AAAUUGACGUCUUGUGGUAUCCAUCUCCAAAUAAAACCCUGAAAAUGAGCAAAAGACCAUUUAAAUAUUCAUCAACAUACUAUAGAAAGUUGAAGAAACUUUCUGUAGAGGAUACAAGGCAUUCAGGACUCAAGAAAAAUGAGGAAUAUCGCGCAGUUCCUGAUGGAAUAAAUCAAAGCAACAAUGACCACUUCAAUGACUCAGUUGAAGAACGUUCAGAUGAGGAGGUUGGAGACACAACGGAUCAAGAUGAAGCAUAUUUUGAAGAAGGACUGAAGGCUUGGGCAAUUGACCACAAUGAGACUGGUGCUUCAAUAAAUCAACUUCUCACAUUGCUAAGAACACAUAAAUGCUUCAAAUAUCUUCCGCGGGAUAAUAGGACACUACUGCAGUCUCCGCAAAAUGUAAAUAUAACCUCUAUGGGCUCAGAUGGAGAAUUCUGGUACAACGGCUUGGGGAUCAACUUGAAAAGGCAAUUUAUUCACAUGAAGGAGGAUACGCAGAUCUCCUUGAAGAUUCAUGUUGACGGUGUGCAAAUCUACCGUAGUUCUAAAAUAGACUUUUGGCCAAUACUUUAUAUGGUUGAGGAAAAUCCUGAAUUUCCUCCAGAAGUUGUUGACAUUUAUUGUGGUGAUAAGAAACCAGAAAACAGCUCGCAGUUUCUUAAGCAAUUUAUAGAUGAGUUAAGAGAUCUUAUGGAGAACGGAUUGAUUGUGAACGGAUUCACCCUGUCAAUUAAAGUAAAAUGUGUUAUCUGCGAUUCACCGGCGAGAGCAUUUAUUAAAGGUGAGAUUUCUUAAUAAAUUCCGCUGUUGGAUUGUGAAUCAAAUUAGGUUUUUUGCUUUUUGUGGCAAAUAUCUUCUUAAAUAGUUUUUUUUUCUUAUUGUGCUACUUAGUGUUCAUAUUUUGUAUAAUUCGUUUUCUUAUUAUAUUAUUUAAUGUAUUUUCCUGUGAAUUGACAAUUUUCAGGGACAGUGUAUUUCAAUCAUUCACAUGGCUGUGGCAAAUGUGAAAUUGAGGGAAUUUACUACAAGCAAGAAAGGCACAUGUCAUUUGUCAGAUCUAAUGUCCGGAAAAGGACAGAUGAAAGUUUCCGUGCAAAAAGGGAUGAUAAUCAUCAUAGAGAAACAUCAGAAUUUGAACGUAUUAAAAUUGAUAUGGUGCGAGAUUUUCCCAUUGCCGAUUCACUUCAUCUAAUCGAUUUAGGUGUAAUGAAGAAAAUGUUGUUCACUUGGGUGUUCACGAAUACGAAUUACAACACAAAGUUUUCAGGUAGAGAUAUUCAAACGAUGUCUGCCUUUCUACAGCGAAUAAACUCUACAAUGCCAUCCGAAAUUCACAGACGCGCUAGACCUCUCACACAUCUUAAAAAUUGGAAAGGAACCGAAUUCCGUACAUUUAUUUUGUAUAUGGGUCCGGUGAUUUUACGGAAGCUUUUGCCAAACGAUGGGUACUUUAACUUUAUGUUACUCUUCUGUGCAGUAACGAUCUGUACCUCAGAUCAUUACAAAAGUAUGCUUGGUGUUGCAGAAGUAUUAUUUAACGAAUUUAUUGAGACUUAUAUAAACCUUUAUGGAAUAGAUUCAAUUGGAAGCAACCUACAUGGCCUUACUCAUCUCGUAGAUGAUGUUAGACAUCAUGGCUCAUUGGAUAAGAUAUCAUCCUAUCCAUUUGAGAAUUAUCUUCAUCAAAUUAAGCGAACAAUAAGGAGUGGAAACAGGCCACUGGCACAAGCAGCAAGGAGAGUAACUGAAAAGUCUCAGCAACAAAAUGUAAUCGUACAAGAACUGACUUAUCCACUGCUAAAAGGAAAAACAUCUGAGGAUCACGAGCUUUCGGAAUGUGAUGGAUCAUUCAGCUGCGUUCUUGUAACUCACGAUUUCUGUUUAAAGAACGACUCAAAAAACAAAUGGUUCUUAACAAAGCGCAACAAAAUUGUUGAGAUGAUAAAUGCAACUAAGAACAAUGGAGAGGUUUAUAUUUAUGGUACAGAGAUUGGAAGAUGCGUAGAUUAUUUUGAAAAGCCAAUAAAAUCAUCUUUCUUAAAUAUUUAUUCCACUAAAUAUAUAAUUCAUGAAAAACAAA